CACAUGUGAUGCUGAACCUCCAAGAAGUGAACUCCAAUGAAAGCAAGGGGCGGGGCCAGGGACAGUCAGGCUGGGGAGGAAUGGGGUAGAGGAUGCUGGAUUUCCUCCAAUCAGGAAAUGAGGCGGAGCGCUAUCUGACUGGCUGCAGCUUCUAAUGCACAUUGUGAGACGCUCCCAGGGAGGAGCCGGACACCUGUGCAAGACUGAAGGGGAGGAGGCAAUACACCUGUGCAAGACUGGAGGGGAGGAGCCGGUACACCUGUGCAAGACUGAAGGGAAGAGGAGUUGGUAUAACUAUGCAAGACUGAAGGGGAGGAGCCGGGACACCUGUGAAAGAGUGGAGGGGAGGAGCCGGCACACCUGUGCAAGAGUGAAGGGGAGGAGCCAGUACACCUGUGCAGGACUGGAGGGGAGGAGCUGGUAUACCUGUGCAAGACUGAAGGGGAGGAGCCGAUACACCUGUGCAAGACUGAAGGGGAGGAGCCGGUACACCUGUGCAAGACUGAAGGGGAGGAGCCGGUACACUUGUGCUAGACUG